CUGAACAAGUGGAGAAAUCAUGAAUCAUCACUGAGGGCCUGAAGUCGAAGCUUAGAUUUUCUACAGCCGGUUAACUUCAGUUAAUUAUUUGCCCGGUUGCUAACACUAGUCCACUCGGCAUAGCCUGGUUAUUGGAGUGAAGCAGUUAAGUUGUUUUAACGUCGCAAAACCGGUGGCCUAAUUUAACGUUAGCCGUCUGUGUGGCGUUAGCUACAAGCUUCAGUUAAACUUGUAAACACUUUUGUGAAAGAUGGCUGACAACGGAGCACACCCGGCUGAGGAGGACCCAGCCGCAGCUUUCCUGGCCCAACAGGAGAGUGAGAUAGCGGGGAUAGAGAACGACGGAGACGGGUUUGGGGCGCUGGAGGGAGCGGACGGCCAACAGCCUCCUGAGCAGCAGCAGGAGACCAACUAUGACGGUUUCGAGGAGGAGCCUGCCACAGUGAACGGGGAUAUGUUUCAGGAGUCCAAUGGCCCAACAGACAGCUAUGCAGCUAUCGCCCAGGUUGAUAUUCAGAGGCAAGAGCCGGAGAGUUUACGCAAGUGGAGGGAGGAGCAGAAGACACGCCUUGAAGCAUUGGACUCAGCAUCUAAGGCGGCAGAGGCAGAGUGGAGAGAGAAAGCCAAAAAGGAGCUGGAGGACUGGCAUGUACACCAGAACGAGCAGAUGGAGAAGAACAAGGCCAACAACAGACUCUGUCCAAGUCUGACACGAGCAUCAGAGGAGGCUUUCUUGGCCGAGAGCGACGGCGACAGUCCGGGAUCGGCAUGGGAGAGAGUAGCCCGUCUGUGCGACUUCAAUCCGAAAACCAACAAACAGGCAAAGGAUGUUUCUCGAAUGCGCUCUGUCCUCAUCUCUCUCAAACAGACACCUCUAGUUCGCUAGAGGAGCUUUUCAGGGCGAAUUUUGUUCUAGAAACAUUGCCUUUUUUCAGUUUUAACCUCACGUCGCAUCAGAAGAGUUUGUACGCUCCUUUUCCAUAAAAUACCUGGUAUGUUUUAUAACCUUUGAAAACUUCCCGCCUUUCCUGUUGCCUGUUAUAUUGAAAUAAUAUACUUAACCUCACUCUUGUGAGAAGAUGAAGGACUGCUCUAUUGUUACGACAUCAUUUAGCUGGUCAGUUUUAUCACUGCUACACUUAAGAAAAUAUUGUUACUGUAAGUUAAUCAUCUUUCCUUCCCCCUUUUAAAUUAUGGAUCAUUAGGUCAACUCUCUUGCAUGCCUCUGCCAAUAUUUUGGAUGCACAAUUUUUAGUUGUUUUAUAAAUUUGCAUAUUUGGUCGAUGUCAGCCACUUGCUUAUUGAGCACUAUUACAGAUUAGAUUGUAACCACUUAUGCCUCUCAACAACGUAGAACCAUAUACACAAACACUUUGUUGUAUUUAUAACCCUAAUUACGUAUUUAAGAUAGCUAACGUAUUUUUUUCUCUUUCAAAAUACAUAAGCUUGUGGCCUUUUUGAUCUUGCUCUUGCUCCAGUUUUGAGUAUUCAGCCAGGUGGAUUUCCCUCCCAAUUAGGCAAAAAUUUCAGCAAAAAGUAUUCACAACCAAAGAUUUCUGCUGUCAUCUAAAUUUUCCAGAGUUCGCAUGAAUUAACGGCUUGUGCGAUUUCUUGUUUCACUGAUUGUGUUGGUACAUUUCGUGCAGCAUUAUUCUGUUACACUUAUAUGUUUUUAGAUUUUUUAAACAGCAAUCAACAAGGUGUCAAUUUCCACAGUAACGUCUACACAUUGUUUCACAUGUUGCCUAUUUGGACAUUAUGAAAACUGAAAAAAAAAAAAGUGAAUGUUAAAAGGGAACUGGAAAAUAAAGACAAUGGAGUAUGAUCACCUAAA